AUACUUACGGACAGUGGCACACCGUUUCCGGACAGUUCGGUGGAUAGCGGAGACAGUUGCUCUGGCACCAAUCCUCCAUCCCGAUGAAGCUGCGGUUCUCGCGCCAACAAGGGAUGACGUUUCGCGUACUGUUCGGGAUACUGUGUCUAGGGGCACAGGCAUUCCUACGUCUGCACGGCGCAUCGAGUGCAACCGAUGAGUCCAGUCAGGUCACAGCUCAGCAUGUGGGCGAAAACUGUGAGCAUCACACCACAACAACCAGCCAGUUCGAGGAGUACUUCGAUAUGGAUCAAAUCGGCAACAACCGGUCCGAGCAGAACGUCGUAGACCUGACACUGUUCAUACAGGUGCGCAACAUGCAGGAAGAGUUGGCGAUCCUUCUCUCCGCUAGCAACCGGUCACGCCAACAUCCCGAUUACGGCCGAACGUAUGAGGUGCGCAUCAGCAACGUGUACACCGUUAUCUACAAGGAAACGCUCCGGAUGUCCGCCCAUCACAGCCACAACUUUAACUUUUUCCCGGGCGAACAGUUCCGGCUACGGAUCCAAAUUACACGCGCAGGCCACAUUACCGUCUCCAUACCGGGGCUGCAGAAGUCACUCAUACUGACCGUGCACGACGAACGGCCACCGAUCGAAGUUUCUUACAUUAGCUUCGGCUCGCGCAUGAACGCCUACCCGGUGACGUUCUACUUCAACUGUGUUGACGCAGCGUUGGGCACACCGGCCCAACGGAAGCUACCGAUCGAACCGAUUGACGGGCAAGAAUCGGAUUCCCCGCGGGGCGAACAACAACCUGCACCACCAUCGCAAUCGAUGCACGAUGCCGAGGAGGCUAGUAUUAUGGCGCACCGUGCAACCGAUGACGACCACGAUGAGCAGGACGAAGAAUCCGGUGAUGAUGAUAGCGCUGGACAGCGACAGGACACAUCGAGCGAUCAGGCCACCAAAUGUCCCGUCUGUCCCAAGCCGGAAAAGUGUGAGGUGGUGGUGAAGGCUUGCUCCGACACCUCCAAGGAUCUCUUGAUGCAGGCGUCCGGUGCGGAUAGCGAGAAGCAAAAGUAUUUCUUCUACUUCAACGUUUACCUGAGCAGCAAGGGUGAGAAAGGCGGCAAGGUACCGGUGGCCGACGCCACCAAUCAGAUCGCAUAG